AAGUAGCAGCAGCAGUUCCCGUCAGAGGCAGAUGGAUCACUUUCAUUUCGCAGGAUGAUUUCUAACCCCCCCGAGGAUUCCCCGAGCAGCCGCAGCCCGCCUCGGAGCGGCGAUCGGAAGCGAGUCCUGGGCGUGGAGGGGAGGUUGAAGGCGUGAGAGCAUGGAAGGGGAUGCGGGGACUCCCGCCUAGUCCCAGAGCCAGCGAGAGGCAGGGCGGGCUCCGAGCCCGGGACGCUGCUGGGAAGUGCGAUCACCCCGCUAGUUGGGCUGGUUUCUUUGUCUGGAAUUCGCCCCCUUCCCCCUUGGGAUGCUGGCCGUUCGCCCUGCGGAGACUGUGGCUGGGGAUGUGGAAGAAGCUGUGGAAUAAUAUGGGUGGCAACCACUCCCACAAAACUCCCGUGUUUGAUGAGAAUGAAGAUGUUAAUUUUGACCACUUUCAAAUACUGCGAGCUAUUGGGAAAGGGAGUUUUGGAAAGGUGUGCAUUGUGCAGAAGAGAGACACCAAGAAAAUGUAUGCCAUGAAAUACAUGAAUAAACAAAAGUGUAUUGAGAGAGAUGAAGUCCGGAAUGUCUUUCGGGAGCUACAGAUCAUGCAGGGCCUUGAGCAUCCCUUCCUAGUCAAUCUGUGGUAUUCUUUUCAAGAUGAAGAAGACAUGUUCAUGGUGGUAGAUCUGCUACUUGGAGGGGAUCUGCAUUACCACCUACAACAGAAUGUGCAUUUUAACGAAGGAACUGUUAAAUUAUAUAUUUGUGAAUUGGCACUUUCACUGGACUAUUUGCAAAGAUAUCAUAUAAUUCACAGAGAUAUCAAACCUGACAACAUACUGCUGGAUGAGCACGGGCAUGUUCACAUCACUGACUUUAACAUAGCGACUAUGGUCAAAGGAUCAGAAAAGGCUUCCUCUAUGGCUGGCACUAAGCCCUAUAUGGCUCCAGAAGUGUUCCAGGCCUUUAUGGAUGGAGGUCCAGGAUAUACAUACCCAGUAGACUGGUGGUCACUAGGAAUUACAGCAUAUGAAUUGCUGCGGGGUUGGAGGCCAUACGAAAUUCAUUCAGCCACUCCAAUUGAUGAGAUCCUCAACAUGUUCAAGAUAGAAAGAGUUCAUUACUCGUCCACAUGGUGCAAGGGCAUGAUAGCAUUGCUGAAAAAGCUCCUCACUAAGGACCCUGAGUGCCGCCUUUCAAGCCUUGCAGACAUUCAGAGCUCUCCGUACUUAGCUGAUAUCAACUGGGAUGCUGUCCUGGAGAAAGCUGUGACACCAGGCUUUGUUCCGAAUAAAGGAAGACUGAAUUGUGACCCUACAUUUGAACUAGAAGAAAUGAUUUUAGAGUCCAAACCCCUUCAUAAAAAGAAAAAACGACUUGCAAAAAACAAAUCCAAAGAUGGAGCAAAAGAAAGCUGUUCACUGAAUGUACACCUGCAGCAGUGCUUGGAAAGUGUGAGGAAAGAAUUCAUCAUAUUCAACAGAGAAAAACUGAGAAGACAGCAGGAACAGAGUGGUCAGACGUCUAGUUUGGACAGGAGAGCAUCCCUUCAAACACAUGGAAAACUUCAGGAUGGACGCAACAACAACCUACUGGGACAUGGGUGCACAAAAGGCUGCAGCAGCUAGUUGGACAUGCAUCUUGUUGCACAGUUUAACACCGAAAGGGUCCGUGAAAGCUCAUCUCUGUGCACAGCUUGAUAUUUCACCUCCCCCCUCCCCCCCCCUCAGAAAACUGACUCCUACAAAAAAGUGCAAUUCCAUUGCUGAGUACAAAAAUACAAAGCACACAGAUUGGGAGCUCAAUUUACACAGAUGACACUGUCUCUCUUUAGACUGUGCUACCAGAAAAAUGACCAUCAGCAGCAAAAUGUAAGGGGUUUCUAUGUUGACCCUCUUUUUGUAACAUCUUCAAAAUCCUGGAACAAAACUUGAAAGAAUUCAUUUGGACAUGGUCUCCAAGGUUGGCAAGUUUCUGGUUACUUGCAAGAUACAGUGCUGUCUUGGCCAGCUUUGUCCUUAAAAUCUUACAUUAUCAAAUGUUAAAGGAAAUACUCUGUUAAUUAAAACAAUCUACUUAAAUUGGAAUAUGGAAUUUUGGGAGACUGAUAAACACAGGCCAAACAUUUGCCAUUAAGGUCAUAAUGUAUGUAUACAAUGUAAAUAUAUUAAUGUAGUGUGAAAUAGACCAAAUAUCUAAUACUUUCAUUUAACUAUCUGAAAUGAGUUGAAAGAGUCGUAGCAUGAAUGUUCUUUAACUUUAUUCAUUCUGCUUGAUAGUAGAAGACCUGAUCCUGGUCUCAUUAAAGUCAAUGAGAGGUUUGUUGUUGAUUUUAGUGGCAGCAGAAUCAGACACAUGGAUAGUGUAUUAUUAUGAAAGUGAAAGAUCAUAGGCUGCGCAAUUGAGAACUCAAAAUCUGAAAACUAAAAUUGUUAGAAAUUUGCUCAUGUCCCUAACAUUUAGAGAGAAAGAUGUUGUUAUAAACUGUGAAAAAGUAAUGUGUCUGUUUCCAGUGAUCUGUUCUGGUUAAGAAUUGUCUUGGAUAGAGAAAAAUACAUCCACUUACUUAGGAGUAACACUCAUAUAAAACGCUUUUUUUAAAAAAAAAUUAUGGACACCUUCAUAUAUUUAUAGUAUUUUCAUAAUUUGGUACAUCCACAUUUUGUUAAUAAAUGCAUAAUUGUUCUGCUGUGUUGUUUUAUUAUUUUUUAAGAUCAACAUCUGUAAGCAAAUCUUUAUUUUCAACUUUUUAAAAAAAUAAAUUAGACUUUUUGGAAGUGAUAAUAAGCAUAUUUUAUUUAACGUAUUCUAUUUUUAUUGUAUUGAUUAUAGUGUAAUUUUUUUACACAAAUCCUAUUUUUUUUUAAUAAUUGAGUCUAUUUUUAGAUUUGGUCGCACAUUAUAUAUAAUUUUUGGCAUAAAACAUUCAUAAUUUAGAUCCUUGCAGCUUACAAGUCUAGUGUCGUGAAAUAGAAUGAUUUUAGAUCUGUCAUCUGAAAAUGAUGUUGUUAAUUACUUAGCUGUGGCAUAGCCUGGAAUAAACACAGGAUCAAGACAAGGAGCAGAGUUUUUCUGGGCCCGUAGAUGGCAACUUUCAUUGUCCAAAAUAAACCUUUUUGCUUAUACUUUUUUAGAAUGACCUUGUUCUUGCUUAAAGUUUGUUUCCCUUGGAAAAAAGCACAGCUAGUACCAUUUCAUGUAGUUUCUAGCGACUUCCAUAUUCCUACUGUAAUUUAAAUGAACAUACAGGAAAUGGUCCUGAAAGUACCUGUAUGAGUAACUUUACUACUUUGAGUAGUGAGAGACCACUCACAAAGUAAAUGUUUGCAGGCUCAACCCUAUCUAUGAUAAAUAUAGGUAGUAUAUGAAAUACUUGUGAAGUUGAAAAAAGCAUGACCAAUCCAGAACAAUGGCUAUACACAUUGUAAUUAUGAUUGUUUUGGGUGAAAUUACAUUUCUA